AUGGCGUAUAGCGGGACUGGAAUUUCAUCCUUAGCUGCACAAUGUCAUCAGCUUUUCCAGAAGCAUUUAAAAGGCGAUGGUGGUAGCCCACCUAUGCUUACUCGAUUACUACAAGAGUCUCAAUAUCGAUUUAAUGCUUGGAGUUCAUAUCUAGGAGUGUUCGCAACCCAAACUGCAUCCCUUGACACCCGCCUAGAAGACACCAGUGAGAAGAAACUGUUCCUUGAGAUACUUAGAUUAUUGAAAAGGAACCUACAGCUCUUGUUGGAAGAUUCACGUCGCCAAACUAGGAAGCGGGACUCGAUAGGGGACUUCGUCGACCAUUCAAAAGAAUAUGAAGGCCUUAAGGAGAUAUACGAUGCCAUCCACCGUUCAAUAGAUCGCCUUGAACGUCUAGGAGUGGCUAUCCGACGAUCUUCUACCUCUGGUCUCCACCGGAAAGUUGAGGCAUUCUCGAAGAGAAAGGCACAGGCCUCAUUCGAAGAAUUAGCUACACAGAUCGUUAGAUCAUUAUAUCCCGACGCUUCUGAGAGCUUAACAUAUUACCUUGGCCGAAAUAUAUUCUUACGAUAUGCCAAAUUGAGAUAUAAAGAGGAACACCAGAAGAAGCUUGCUUACAAGCGACAAGACCUCUCGGAUAUUGAAGAGAGCGAUGAUGAGACUUUGGUUUCCGUAGAGAAGAACACUCAAACCCAACCAUUCACGCGCCCAGACGAGAUAAACAUGGUGGAGCCAGAGGACACCGUGCUGGAAAAAGUGAAUACCAAACCAAAGGAGCCUGACAUUCAACCAUCAGAUACAGCACCAUCUACGUUGAAACAACCCUUUGAAUGGCAUGCGCCGCCCAGCAAGACGUCAUCCGAUUUGGUCCGUGGUGCCAGGUAUCCUCGGCCACCGGUAGUCGAAUAUGCUCCUGGGUUGACAAGAUGCGAAUGGUGCUUCGAAUGUUAUACUACGGCGCGGUUUAAAGAUACUAAAUGGUGGAAACGUCAUGUUAAUAAAGACCUCAUUCCCUACGUAUGCCUAUCUGAAGAAUGCUCUGAGUCGAUGGUCCAGUUUGACAGAUUUGAAGACUGGAAAACGCACUUGGAUGAUUGCCAUUCAUCAAGGUGGGCAGAAAAGGUUCACUCCAAGACAUGGAUCUGUGAUAUCUGCCAUCCAGAAUGCCAAUUUCCCAGUUUGAAGUUGAUCGAAACACACAUGCAUGAUAUGCACGGAGAUACCUUCACAGAUAUCCAAAUAGAGGUGCUCGCGGAAGAAAGCGCGAUUCAAACACCAAGACCUAGUAGACAGUGUCCAUUAUGCUGCUUCCAAGUUGAUGAUAAUAACCCACAACCCGAGAACCGAAACCUGACGAACCACACAGAUUCCCCGGAUAUUCAUGGUGCAGAUGAACUCGAUCCUGGGACGACUGAAAGAAGGCCACCGAAAAGAGUCAGGUUUAACACACCCCCGUCACAGAGCUCCCGCAACUCUCCUCAGCCCAUAGAUAAUAAUACCGAGAGCAAACCCAAUACAGGUACUGAUCAUAAUCAACCACAACCACAGCCCAUCGAGCAAUGCCAUAUGCAAGUUGCGCUCCAUGUCGCCAAGCACCUACAGAUGCUAAGUCUCAUCUCGCUUCGGCUGAAAGCACUGGACCAGUAUACCAAUGCCGAGCUGGAAGAGAACGCAGACCACGCAUCACAUAGUGCUGCUAGCUCAGCUGCUAGCUCACCCCCAAGCUCACAAGGCAGUAAUCUCGGAUCUAUUUCUAUCUUCGGGUUUGAUUCUGUUGAGGAUAUACCAACACUCUUUGCAGAUACUGGGCAUCCACCCUUGCGGAAUACGCAGAACCUCCUAGUACCUUGGAACUACCGACUCCAUCUCAGCAGUGAAGAUUUCAAAGAAGAUUUCAAAGCUACCGAUUCUAUCGUGGCCAUUAUGGGGGACCGACCACGGCCGGAUUUAGGCCCAUUCCCGACAACCACAUUCCCGGGGUUAGGUGAGCCUCCAGACAUGUCAUACAUACAAGAUUUAUCUAAGGCCGAAUAUACCGAAAACAGGAUCCGCCCGACUGAGUUGAAUGUCGACUAUGGCGACUUUUACGAUGUUUACGAACAUCCCCAGGACUUGUUUAGACACAACGCAUAUGAGGUUAGGCUAGAUUUGGCACAUAUCUCAGGGGGGGAGACAACAAAAACCUUUGAAAACACCGAUGCUCCAGGUUUCAUCAAAGAUGGUGAUAACAUGCCUAUUGAAGACGAGCGCCUACAAAACUGGUAUAUUUCGAAUAAUCCACAGCUUGAUCAUUUACCCAGCACAACAAAAAACGACGGCGAGGGCGGCUGGACCUUAUCGUCGUGGCUUCGCAGCGUGGAGGAAGAGAUACCCGGCAAGGAAAGCUGA